GAAGUGGAAGUUGCCCACAUCCAACAUGUCCGCUAGUGUCGUUUACCUCCUCUGAACAUAAACAAGCGAACUCGUGGAGAAUGGCGGACGGCGGAGUGGACGAGCUGUCGCAGCUCGAAUAUUUGUCCCUGGUGUCCAAAGUUUGCACGGAGCUCGACAACCAUCUUGGGAUAAGCGAUAAAGAUUUAGCUGAAUUUGUCAUCAGCCUCGCGGAGAAAGAACCAACUUUCGACGGAUUCAAAGCGCUUUUGCUACAAAAUGGAGCCGAAUUCACAGAUUCCCUCGUCGGUAAUUUGCUCAGGCUCAUCCAGACGAUGCGGCCACCGUCCAAGGCAUCGACCAGCAAAGCCUCGGAGGCUUUGGACAAGCCGAGGUCAGAGAAGGACAAGCUGAAGGAUCUGUUCCCUGCACUUUGUAGAGCAAAUGAUCCAGCUCCAAAGAGGCUGCUUGACGAAGAUGACGUGAAAAUCGCAGCCGAUGCCAUGAAAGAGCUGGAGAUGUUUAUGCCCAGUUUCAGUGGAUCAGACGUAAAAAGCAGCAAGAGCAGGUCAGAGAAGAGCAAACGCCACAGCCGGAGUCGCAGCAGAAGCAGAGAAAGAGACCGUCACAGAGAUCGACACAGAGACCGCGACAGGGAUCGCGACCGGGACCGCGACCGGAAGAGAAGACAACGUUCUCGAUCACGCUCCAAAUCCAGGUCCCGCUCCAGAGACCGCGAUCGCCACAGAGACAGAGAUCAAGAGCGGGAUCGCGGCAAAAGAAGGGACAAAUCCUCUCGCUGGUCCGAGCGUUCACCCAGCCCGAAGAAAGAGCAAGACAAAGACUCCGACCGCUGGAAGGACAAACACGUGGACCGACCACCACCGGAGGAGCCGUCAGUCGGAGACAUCUACAACGGCAAAAUCACCAGCAUCAUGCAGUUUGGCUGCUUUGUUCAGCUCGAGGGUUUAAGGAAACGAUGGGAGGGAUUGGUCCACAUCUCAGAGCUGCGUAGAGAGGGACGCGUGGCCAACGUGGCAGAUGUUGUCAGCAAAGGCCAAAGAGUUAAAAUCAAGGUUCUGUCAUUCACGGGCUCCAAGACCAGCCUCAGUAUGAAGGAUGUGGACCAGGAGACGGGAGAAGACCUGAACCCCAACCGGAGGAGGAACGUCGGCCCGGACGGAGGGGAUGAGAUCUCUAUGAGGAACCCCGACCGGCCGAGCAACGUGAACCUGGGCCACGCCCCCGAGCUGGAGCAGGAUGACACCCUGGAGCGCAAGCGGCUCACUAAAAUCUCCGACCCAGAGAAGUGGGAGAUAAAACAGAUGAUUGCUGCCAACGUGCUGUCGAAAGAGGAGUUCCCUGACUUUGAUGACGAGACUGGGAUCCUUCCUAAAGUUGACGAUGAAGAGGACGAAGACUUGGAAAUUGAGCUGGUGGAAGAGGAACCUCCGUUCCUGAGGGGACACACCAAACAAAGCAUGGACAUGAGUCCAGUCAAGAUCGUCAAGAAUCCCGACGGCUCUCUAUCCCAGGCAGCCAUGAUGCAGAGCGCCCUGGCCAAGGAAAGACGGGAGGUGAAGCAGGCUGCGCGGGAAGCGGAGAUGGACUCUAUCCCCAUGGGGCUGAACAAACACUGGGUUGACCCGCUGCCAGACGUUGACGGCAGGCAAAUUGCAGCCAACAUGAGAGGCAUCGGCAUGAUGCCCAACGACAUACCAGAGUGGAAGAAACACGCCUUUGGGGGCAACAAGGCCUCUUAUGGAAAGAAGACCCAGCUCUCCAUCCUGGAACAGAGAGAGAGUCUGCCCAUCUACAAGCUGAAGGAGCAGCUCAUUCAGGCUGUUCACGAAAACCAGAUCCUGAUUGUGAUCGGUGAGACGGGGUCAGGUAAGACCACGCAGAUCACUCAGUACCUGGCGGAGGCGGGCUACACCACCCGGGGGAAGAUUGGCUGCACACAGCCCCGUCGUGUGGCCGCCAUGUCGGUGGCCAAGAGAGUGUCUGAGGAGUACGGUUGUUGUCUGGGACAAGAGGUGGGUUACACCAUCCGUUUUGAGGACUGCACCAGCCCUGAGACAGUGAUCAAGUACAUGACGGACGGUAUGCUGUUGAGAGAGUGUUUGAUCGACUCUGAGUUGGGCCAGUACGCCAUCAUCAUGUUGGACGAGGCUCACGAGAGGACGAUCCACACCGACGUUCUCUUUGGCCUGCUCAAGAAGACUGUACAGAAACGUACCGACAUGAAGCUGAUCGUAACAUCGGCGACUCUGGACGCCGUGAAGUUCUCUCAGUAUUUCUACGAAGCUCCCAUCUUCACUAUCCCGGGCCGAACGUAUCCAGUGGAGGUUCUUUACACCAAAGAGCCUGAGACGGACUACCUGGACGCCAGUCUCAUCACGGUCAUGCAGAUCCAUCUGACUGAACCCCCAGGUGACGUCCUGGUGUUUCUGACGGGACAGGAAGAGAUCGACACCGCCUGCGAGAUCCUGUAUGAGCGGAUGAAGUCGCUGGGGCCCGAUGUUCCCGAGCUGAUCAUCCUGCCGGUGUAUUCGGCCCUGCCCAGCGAGAUGCAGACCAGGAUCUUUGAUCCUGCUCCUCCAGGCAGCAGAAAGGUCGUCAUCGCCACUAACAUUGCGGAGACGUCUCUGACAAUCGAUGGAAUCUACUAUGUGGUCGACCCCGGAUUUGUAAAACAAAAAGUCUACAACUCAAAGACUGGGAUCGACCAACUUGUGGUGACGCCCAUCUCACAGGCCCAGGCCAAGCAGCGGGCCGGUCGCGCAGGCAGAACGGGCCCGGGGAAAUGUUACAGGCUCUACACUGAGCGAGCCUACAGAGACGAGAUGCUGACGACCAACGUGCCCGAGAUCCAGAGAACCAACUUGGCCAGCACCGUGCUGUCUCUGAAGGCCAUGGGCAUCAACGACCUCCUGUCCUUUGACUUCAUGGACGCUCCGCCCAUGGAGACUCUGAUCACAGCCAUGGAGCAGCUCUACACUCUGGGAGCUCUGGACGACGAAGGUUUACUCACGAGGCUCGGCAGAAGGAUGGCCGAGUUCCCUCUGGAGCCCAUGUUGUGUAAGAUGCUGAUCAUGUCCGUCCACCUGGGCUGCAGCGAAGAGAUGCUCACCAUCGUCUCCAUGUUGUCUGUGCAGAAUGUCUUCUACAGGCCCAAGGACAAGCAGGCCCUGGCUGACCAGAAGAAGGCAAAGUUCCACCAACCGGAGGGCGAUCACCUGACUUUGUUGGCCGUCUACAACUCCUGGAAGAAUAACAAGUUCUCCAACCCCUGGUGUUACGAGAACUUCAUCCAGGCUCGCUCCCUGCGCAGGGCCCAGGACAUCCGCAAGCAGAUGCUGGGCAUCAUGGACAGACAUAAACUAGAUGUGGUAUCUUGCGGAAAAGCCACCGUGCGAGUCCAGAAAGCCAUUUGCAGCGGUUUCUUCAGGAAUGCAGCCAAGAAGGAUCCUCAGGAGGGAUACAGGACGCUCAUCGACCAGCAAGUCGUAUACAUCCACCCCUCCAGCGCCUUGUUCAACCGUCAGCCCGAGUGGGUUGUGUACCACGAGUUGGUGCUGACCACCAAGGAGUACAUGCGGGAGGUGACCACCAUCGACCCCCGCUGGCUGGUGGAGUUCUCUCCGGCCUUCUUCAAAGUGUCCGACCCCACGCGACUCAGCAAGCAGAAGAAACAACAACGCCUGGAGCCGCUGUACAACCGCUACGAGGAGCCCAACGCCUGGAGGAUCUCCCGCGCCUUCAGACGCCGCUGAUGAUGAUGAUGAUGAUGUGUGUGAUGAUACAAAUACUGACGACCGGUGCAUUGUCCAGUUCCAGCACCGGGCGUGUGAUCAGAGCCUGGUGAACUUUACACAGUGUAUUCACUCCUGCUUUUUUAAAUGUGUACACAUUGUACAUUUUGCUUGCAGCAGAUUGUACUAUGUCUGUUAGUUUGAGUCUAAAUUUUUGUGUCCUAGAGAUAUUAAAUUCCCCCCCUGGCUCUUAAUGGAAAAAAUAGAAAAAACUCUAAAAGUUUGGACUAUAUAUUCCAACACUGUGCAAAUCGAUGGCACGUUAUGUAGAAACCAGGACCAUGAUUGAAUCAUAAUGGGGCCUGUGUGUUUCACCAGUGAGGUUGGACCUUAAGGACGGAACAUCGUAUAUAUUUGAUAGAUUUUGUAUAAUAAUGGGAACAACUACAACUUUCGCCCACUUCUGUGUAUCAGAGGUUUUUUUUUUUUGCUCUGCUUACCAGUGAAACUGAAAAUGCGUCUUCAUUAAAAUCAUUUUUUUUUGUAAA